AUGGGCGUGGACGCCGAAGCGCUGGCUCAAGUCGCAGCAACGGGACUAGCGGGGAUCUUCGCUGGAGCAUCCAUGUACAUCAGUGUGGCCCAGCAUCCGGCGCUUCUGGAGACGGACGCGCCGAUGUUCCAGGCGCCAUUCUUUCGUCGCAUGUAUUUCUGUGCAGCGCGUAUGCAGGGGCCCUUGGCACUGGGAAGCGCGCUGAGUGCGCUACUCGUGUCUCUUCUGCAGAAACAGCGAGGGCCACAUACCGGUGUGCCGAGCCUCUGGCUCGCGAGCGGCUGCCUCAUUGGGGGUAUCGUGCCCUUUACUUUUUUCAAGAUGUUCGCACUGAACUGCAAGCUCGUGGACUCCAAGAAGCGUCUUUGUUGCAGCGAGUCGCGUUAUCAGGAGAUGCUUGAGAGGUGGGGGAGGUUGCACGCCGUGCGCACUGGCGCAAGUGUGGCGGCGUUUACAGGAAUGUUGGUGGCGAUGGCGUGUGGAGGAGAGCGAGGACCCGUGGCAGUUCUUGACAUUGCAUAG